UACCGGUGCCGGGCCAAGCCGGGCCUAAGCAGGCCCCAUACCGUCUGGUCUUAGUGUUCUCUUAUUGAAGUCUCCCCUAUGAAAAUUUUAUUAGUCUAUAUUUCGUGAGUUUGGCCAAAUAAAUACUAGUCGUUUAUCUAAUUUGCAGAGCUCCCGCGCGGGAGAAAGGAACGGUGAAAACUGAAAAUGGCGUCGGAAACCACCACCACCGCCGCUUCAGACGAACCGUUGAAGCUCGCUUUAGCAAUGGCUCUUCUUCGUUCUAAGCUCGUAAACAAAACUUCUGAAACUUCUCAUCCUCCAUCUGAUACCUCCAGUUCUGAAGCUCUCAAAUGGAAACGCAAGGCAAAAGAGCGUAAACAAGAGAUUCUCAGACUCAAACAAGAUCUCGUAGAAGUGGAAGAUGGAAUGCAUCAUGAAGUGUUCCCGGGGAGUGCAUCCUGCAAAUGCUAUUUCUUCGACAAUUUAGGGAAAAUGAGCCCUAAUGAGAUAUCAGGAGAAGGAUUUGAUGAGAGAUUUAAGGAUGUGUUACGUCGCAGAUUUCUUAGACAAGUGAGACUGAAGGAACGAAGAAAAAGAAGAAAUGAUGGUUCCACACAAAGAUUAUUUUUGUCUGAUAAUAAAGCUGAGGAGACUGAACAACUUAGGGCCUCGGCUGAUUUUCUUGUGGAGCUAUGUGACACUGUAAGGCCAGAUGAUGGUGACUUUGCAAACUGGUCACACCAAGCUGUAGACUUCAUUUUGGAUACGAUCAAUAAUACAUUGUCCAAGGGAAAGAAUAUUGAAUCUGUUGAUGGGAUCGUUGGCAGCUUGUCACUACACAUAGUGCGGAAAAUGUGCACUACACUACAAGGAAACGCCCAUCAUGAUGCCCGGAUCCAUGUUCAACACUUGCUUCGUAAGCUUGGAAGCGAGUCAUGUAUUGGGCAACGAGUUAUUCUUGCAGUUUCUCAAAGAAUAUGUUUACUAGCAGAAAAUUUGCUGUUUCUUGAUCCAUUUGAAUCAACUUUCCCCGAGAUGCAUAGCAAUCUGUACAUUUUGAUCCAGCUUAUUGAGUUUUUAGUAUCGGACUACCUGAUAAGUUGGUCAAAGACAAGUGGUUUUGCAACUGAGUUGUUUGAAGAGUGGGUGACUUCAAUCCUCCAUGCUAGAAAAGGACUUCAGCUUUUAGAAAGCAGAUGUGGGCUUUACAUUUUGUACAUGGAUCGCGUAACUGGGUUAAUUGCCAAACUAGUGGGCCAGGCUGAAUCCCUACAAAGGCUCAACCCGAAUAUUCUUCAAAGGUUAUUUUGCUGAAUCUCUACAAUGUAUGCCACACCUUCCUCUUCCCACUUUCAAUUAUAUAUGUUCUUAGCAUACCAAACUGUCAAUCUGUCAUGAGUUUUGCAUAGAGGUGCCCGUUUCAACCCGUUUAUCUCUAAAUGGGUCAGUUUUGGUUAUAUAAAUACCGGGUCAAAUAGAUUGUUAAUUCAUAACCAAUUUGGUUUGGAUUUCGGUUUAAAACAUCAAAACCGAUUUGUAAA